CACUACUAUAUAACAAAUAAUUUGAGCUGCAGUAAUGGAUCCAGGAGUUGUGUUUGUUGCACCAAACGAAGAAAACGCUGACGACGAAGGAAUUGAGAUACCAUUAGAAGAAGAUAGGACAUGUGAUAUAAAAGUAGUUCAGUCUCAGUUUGCUAAUGCAGUGGGGCUCAGAUUUAGGGCACCUGAUACUGGACGAAUGAGAGCUCUUAAAAUGGACGAGAAUGGGAAACUGUACCCACCCCCUCAAGGCUGGGAAGGACUCACAUUUAUCGUUGUAAUGGACAAGAAAAGAACAAGAGAAGAAGAGGGAGGGAAGAUUGAGAGUGAGAAUAAGAAAGUGAGUAGCGGCGUUACAUCAGAGAAACUGGGAGACCUCAUAAUCUUGGGGCUAAGCUACAAGGCUACUGAGGCUGAUGUCAAAGAGUACUUUGAAGGUUACGGAGAAAUAAAAUCUUGCGAGAUAAAGAAAGACUACAGUGGAAACUCGCGAGGGUUCGGUUUUAUAAGUUUUGUGAGCGAUGAGUCAGCCAAGCGGGUAAUGAACGAAACGUACCACAAUAUAACUGGCAGGAAGUGUGAGGUGCGAAUCCCGAAGAGGACUGAGCCCGAGAGAAAACUCUUUGUGGGCAGGCUACCCAGAGGAACUAACGAAGAAGAUCUGAAAGAAUAUUUCUCCACGUUUGGACCGUUAGCAGAUGUCUACAUUCCUCGCCCACACAGAGGGUUCGCUUUCAUUACUUUUGAGAAAGGGGACGAUGCUGAGGUCGUACUCAAGCAAAAACACUUCAUGAAGGAUUCACCUCUGAACGUAACGAUCCCGGACCCACCAGCCAAGAAACAGAAGUUUGGAGAACACGAAAAUUUUGCUAGUGCAGAGAGAGGUGGUCCAGCCGGUGCUAAACCAUUCGGGGGUUACAGACAAGACAGCAGCUCUUACUAUCCCCCCUAUGGACAGCAGCAAGGGUUCGGGUACGGGAGUCAGCAGGGCUACAACAGCCACUCAUCCGGUUACCAGUACAACAAUCCUCCCCCCGGACAGAGCCUCCCUAUGCAAGUUGAGGAUUCUUCCAGAAGUGGACUGGACAUCAACGAGAGCGAACUCGAGUUCCUUGACGCUAUCGUCAAGAAAGUAAAGAGUAGUCGCAAAGCAAACCUAGGACACACUACCCCUCAGUGGAACUAAUCAGAUAUCAGCACAUUCAGUUACCAGCAGCCGUAACGGACUGUCAAAAAUUCCAGAAUAUUCCAUAUUAUUUAUUCCAUGCUGAAAUGGUGUGAUUUUUAAUCUCCUUUGAAUAUGUGUGUAUAACGGUAGGUGGUACGGCAGGGGUUGCAUGAGCUUGGCUGUGCCAACUGUUUCCAGUGUAAGCAUGUUCUUAUUACAAAUAUACAAUUUUCAGAUAGUCAAAUUUAAUGCGCUUUUGUUAUUAUAAUUGCUGAAUGACCUGCACUGAAUAUUUUUUCAUUGUGAUCAGAAGAAAAUGAAUUUUGUAAUAUCGAAAGGUCGGAUUAAUUCAUGAUACAGUCGUUGAAUCGGGUACUAAUAUUUAAUAUGAUAGUACGUGUUCGCAAUUAAUAUCAAAUAUUAUCUUGCUUUAAAUGAAGUUCGAUCGAACGUUGAACCUUCCUUUAACAUUCAAUGUUAGUUUGAUAUUUACUGUUCAA